AUGCACAAGGGACUCGACUUUGAGCCGUCGGCACAUGGUGAUGCUUCAAACAGCGUCUCCCAUCUCCGUAUCACACCACACCUCGUCUUGCUCUUCUUGAAUCGAGGCGCGCAAAUCCUCCAGCUCCUCUUGGCAGAGCCUGUGGGACAAGCUCUGGCAUCUCUCGCAUCUAGCAGUUCGGUCCGAGGUUGCCAAUGGUUGGUGCCGUGGAGGAAGACUUGUGAAGAGGAGCCGAGGGGUGCAGAAGAAGUGGUAGCAACGGAGGGAGAUGAAGAGAGCAAUUCGAGUUUGGUCUUCGUGCGCAGCAUAGCUGUGGUCAUAAACAGGAGGAGUGGGAGGUCAGUCAACAGCACCUAG